AUGAGACAACUUUCUAUAUUCAAGCAUGGCGACCAUUCGGAGACACAGAACACACUGUCUGAGCUGGACGGUCAAAUCGAGGAUGCAGCAGCUCCACUACCGACCGAUGACCCACCAGAUGGUGGUUACGGCUGGAUCUGUGUCCUCGCCGUUGCCUUGAUCAAUGGUUUCAGCUGGGGCAUAGCAGCCAGCUAUGGUGUCUACCUCUCUUUCUACUUGAGGGAGUCAUACUUUCCAGGUGGCACACCACUUGACUACGCAUUGAUAGGAGGACUGCAAUUCGGCGCUGCCUUGUUGAUCUCACCACUAUGCACCAUCCUUACCAGGGAGCUCGGCCGCAAGCCCGUCAUGUUCGCUGGCUCUGUGAUCUUUGCGGGAGGCUACAUCGCUGCCUCCUUCGCACACGAAAUCUGGCAAGUGUACCUAUCUCAAGGUCUGCUGGUUGGGCUGGGGACUGGUUCCUUGUUCAUCCCGAGUGUACAGGUCAUACCACAAUGGUUCCUCAAACGUCGCUCGCUGGCAGGCGGACUCGCAUCGUCAGGGUCUGGCUUCGUCGGACUUGCAUUUUCACUGGGCACGGCGGCCAUGAUCCAGCAUCUCUCCCUGGCGUGGGCACUUCGCAUCACAGGACUCGUUAGCUUCGCAGGUAACAUAGUCGGUGCGAUGCUAGUACGCGAUCGUAAUGCAGUCGUCAAGCCACCUCAGCUAGGUUUCGCCACACACUUGCUUCGUCGCUAUGACUGCGUGCUGCUUUUGCUCUGGGGUUUCGUGGGCUUGUUGGGCUACAUGACAAUCUUGUACAGCGUCUCGAGCUACGCUGUCGAAGUCGUGCGUCUCACGCAAUCUCAAGCUGGCGUACUGACAGCAUGUCUGAAUCUCGGGACUGGUCUUGGUCGUCCUGCUACUGGUCUGAUCAGUGAUCGCCUAGGUCGGAUCGAGACAGCCGCUGUGUUGACGCUGAGCUCUGCGGUCAGCGUGUUCGCCAUCUGGGUUCCAGCGAAUAGCUAUGGUGUGCUCAUAUUCUUCGCUCUACUAGCUGGUGCGAUCCUAGGCAUAUUUUGGAUGACAGUUGGCCCUUUAUGUGCCGAAGUAGCGGGCUUAAAGGAAGUGCCAUCGUUUUUGUCGCUUCAGUGGCUCACUGCUGUCUUGCCGACGACAUUCGGCGAAGUGGCAGCAUUGUCUAUGCGUCGGCCGAGCAUGGGACGCUGGAGCUACCUGUAUGCUCAAUUAUUUGCCGGGUUGACCUAUACUGUGGCUUCCUUAUUCUUGUUCGAGCUGUGGAGAGUCAAAAGACGUGGUGGACUGAUGUCGCAGCAGUCGGAUGUGGUGCAGAGGUAG